UAGGUUAGUACUGCGUUCCUUCCAGCAAUGAAUCAAGACCCACUACGAAGUUAUGUCAAGCGAGUGGCCAAGAACGACGAAGACCUCGGGCAACUGUCGGAGGUUGCGCUGCAAAGGCUGCGUAGGCCUCCAUGCACUCAUAAUUGACUUGACGUCGAUUGUAGGCACUGUCACAGAGCACUUCAUCGAUGAAAUAGGGGCACUUGCGGCGACUCAUAUGGCGAAGCACGAAGGAACUCCAUUGACAUCCGAUAUCUUGAAGAGUCUCGUACACGCGUCGAAGUCACAAACCUUCGAUCCUGUCCGGCAUGUGCUUGAUACAUUGACAAUCCCGCCGCACCGCGAAAAGCCGGUGAAGAAACGUGUCAAGGCGUCCUCUCCUCGUCGCGCCAAGAAGGUGGUGAAGCGAACGACAGAACCUAAAAAGGCGGCAUCCGUCGUGCAGCCCGCUCCUAGCGUAGACCUGAUUGAAGAAGAUGACGACUACGACGCCAGCGACUAAUAAUGUGCAUGCAUGCCUUCUUGGUCCUUCGUCGGCGUCGAGCCUAUCUAUCAUGCAUGUAUCCACCCGUUGUCACCGGCUCCACCGUCAUGAGAACGUUCCUUC